AUGUUGCUCUGGAUACCAUAUUGCUAUGUUGGAUACAGAAUAAUCCGCACUGCCAUCGCCCUCCUCGAGGCCAUCUUCGUCUACCUCAUCGCCCCGAUUUUCUACAAGCCCAAUUUGCGGAAAUAUGAGCACCGAUGGACGCUGGUGUCCGGCGGAACGGAUGGCAUUGGAAAAGCGUAUAUGACGGAGCUGGCAAAGCGGGGGAUGCGGAAAUUUGUCGUGAUUGGCCGGAAUAAGGAGAAGCUGAAGAAUGUCCAAGACUUUUUAGAACUCACCCACAAAUGUCGCGUCAAAACGAUCCUGUUCGACUUUGAGACAGGUGACUACGAGAAGCUCCGCCACGAAAUUGACACUCUGGAUAUUGGCUUUGUCGUAAACAGUGUCGGUGUCGGCCGAGAAAAUCUCGAGCGUUAUGGUGACAACCCGAAGGCGGAUCGACAGAUUUUGCGUGUCAAUGGCCUUGGAAGUGCUGAGUUCCUCUCCCUCGUCCUCCCGACGAUGGAACGACAUGGCGGUGGACAAAUCGUCGUCUUGUCGUCCAGCCAAGGCUACCACCCGAUUCCACUACUCGCGGCCUACUGUGCUUCAAAGGCAGUAAUGUCCUUCCUUUCGGAGUGCAUCGACCGCGAGUACAAGACGAUUUCCGUGCAAUACCUGACGCCGGCCUUGGUGGCCACAAAAAUGGUCUACUACUCGAAAGGCGGCCUCUUUGUCGUGCUCCCCGAAAAAUUCGCGCAUCAAGCCGUGAACACCGUCGGGCUCGUCAAGGUGACGUCCGGAUGUUUCAAUCAUGAGAUCCAGAUGCUAAUCCGGCACAUCUUCCCCUGGAGCAUCCUCAAAUACCUCAUCAUGCCCGUGUACUAUUACCAUCGCCAUAGGAUGACCCGCUACCACGCCGAGCAGAAAUUCAAAGAAUCGUACACGAAACCGCCACUCCUCAAUUCGCAAGCAGCAGCAGCCCAACGUGGAAGUGCA